AUGACUGAAAAUAACAAUGCACAGGAACAGAUGGAGGUAACAUCAUCUACACUAUCACCUCGAAUAUUGAAGAAGAAAAAAGGGAUUUUUCGUAAGGAGUGGCUGUCCAUUAACGAAUAUUCUUCGUGGUUACAAGAAGUGAAACAUGAUUCAACAAAAGCUCGAUGUAAAUCUUGUCUUAAAACCUUUUCUGUUCAUUCUGAUGGGAAGUCAGCUGUAAAAAAACAUAUGAUCAGUAAUGGACAUAAGAAUUCAAUGAAAUCAUUCGACGAAAAUAAAUUUUCAUUGUCGCAAUUUAUAACUCCAGAAAAUGAAUUAGAUAAAAUUUCAGCGGCUGAACGUGUUCUAGUUUUCCAUGGAGUGAAGCAUGGACAUAGUUAUCGAUCUCAGCAAUGUACCGCUGAUUUAGCACGAUCCAUAUUUGCAUCCUCAUCUGUUGCAAAGUCAAUGUCGUGCGGCAAAACCAAAGCACGAUCAAUUGCGUGUAAUAUUCUUGGUCCUUACUUUACAAAACAAAUCGUUCAUGAUUUAUCAAAAGCAAGAUAUUACUCAUUAUCAGUCGAUGCAUCGAAUAAAGGGAAUUGUAAAACAUUUCCUUUUGCUAUUCAACACUUUUCUGAAAUGGGUGUUAG